AUGAGAUCAACAUGUCACAAGAAAGCUUGACCUUGAUGAGAACAGAGGGGCCCAGUCUACUCGGUUGACUUGUCCCUCUUUCCCCCCAGGCUUGGUGCCUUCUCACCCUGGUGACUCCAUGCUGGGUGCUUAUGGAGCCCCCAGCUUCUCUGCACUUCAGCCAGGCGACCUCCCUGAUCCUCCCCAUCUUCAGCCUACUUGUGCUGGUCUCAGGUCAGUUUACUGUCGUGGGGCCAGCUGGUCCAAUUUUGGCCGUGGUGGGAGAAAACACCACAUUACCCUGCCACCUAUCACCCGACAAAAAUGCUGAGGACAUGAUACGGUGGUAUUGGUCUCAGUUCUCCCCUGCAGUGCUUUUGUAUAAGGGCAGGAGAAAGAGGACAGAAGAGCAGAUGGAGGAGUACCAAGGAAGAACCACCUUUAUGAGUAAAGACAUCAGCCAGGGGAAGGUGGCACUGGUUAUCCACAAUGUCACAGCACAUGAGAAUGGUAUGUACCGCUGUUACUUCCAGGAGGGCAGGUCCUACGACAGGGCCAUCAUGCACCUCAGAGUGGCAGGUAAGUCACUUCAUUUUGCUCUGCUGCCUCUUCCCAGUGUGACUUUUGGGGAAAGUUUAUCUCCUAACCCUGGGCCAUUGUAAACCAGCCAAUUUUUGUUGCAAUCCCUCCACACAAAGAAGGUAGCUUCCUCUUGCUCAGGGGCUCCAUGAAUGUGUUUGCUCUGAUAAGCUAUGGGCAUUGCUUCUUGAGAGGCACACAGAACUUAGCUAUGGACUUCAGCAGAGAGAACAAGUAAUUCCUGAGGAUAAUUCCCAGGCCGGCUUUAUUAUUGAAACUGGGCACUUCUGAAAGUGAGAGAAGCCA